CUUUCAGGAAUGAACAUGAAACGCUUGUUGAUUUGGGCUGUAGCUGCUGUGUUUCUUCCUCUUUUAACUAGAAGUACAAAACCAGCUAGAGUUGCAUAUGAUACACUCCUCACAGAGUUGCUGACUGUCCAAGAAGAAAUUGUUACUGUACAUAACAAAUUCAGGAGAGAAGUCCAUCCAACUGCCAGCAACAUGCUGAAGAUGAAUUGGAGUGAAGAAGCUGCACAAAAUGCCAGAGCUUUGUCAAAAGAUUGUGAAUUGGUAAAGAGCAAUUCACUUCACAGGAGAAUUGAAUACACAUUUUGUGGAGAAAAUAUGCAUUUGACACCAUAUCCUAUCUCAUGGUCAAAUGUAAUUGAAGCAUGGCAAAAAGAAUCUCAACAUUUCAAGUAUGGGCAAUGGAUAUCAACAGAAGAUAGCACACAAAUAGAGCAUUAUACUCAGAUUGUUUGGGCUACUUCUUACGAAAUUGGCUGUGGCAUAUCUCAAUGCGGCAAAAAAGCAUCUCAUAAAUAUCUCUAUGUUUGCCACUAUUGUCAUGAGGGAAAUGAUCCCGACAAAAUGAGCCAGCCUUAUAAUAAAGGAACUCCAUGUCAAGAGUGUCCAAAUCACUGUGAAGAUAAACUAUGUACUAAUCCCUGCAUCUACUAUGAUGAGCACGAUAAAUGUAAAUCACAUAAACAAAAUAUUGGGUGCAACCACCUGUCAGUUAAAUUAAUGUGUAAAGCUAGUUGUCUGUGUGAAACUGAGAUAAAAUAA